AUGACCUAUAAUCUGGACCCCCUGCCAGAGACGGCUACCCACAAAGACUACACCAGAAUCCAUUUCGACACGGCCAAUGUCCCCGCGAAGCGUAUCGUCGGCCUCCUGGCUUGCCAGCGUGACCCUCUUCUCCACAAGAUGCGUACCAAAGUCUAUGCCGCCCGUGAAGCUUCCGUCACAGCGCCUCCCCCGCCUAAAGGCAAGGCCAAGCAGAAGAAGGGCGCUGCCCCUGUCAACGGUGAUGCAAGGCCCGAGGAGAAGGGCAAGCUGUGGGAAGUAGAGCUCCUCGAUACUGUCAUCUUUCCAGAAGUAGGUGGUGGUCAGCCUUCAGAUACCGGCGUCAUCCGUCUCCUCAACCCCAAUGGAGGUGUGACUCAAGAGUUCCCCGUUGAGAUGUGUCUCCGCAAAAAGCUCGAUAGUGUCCAUCUUGUUCGUAUUCCCCUUGGAGUGGAGGUCGAAGGUGGCUGGGAAGGACGAGAGGUUGAGGUCGAGACUGACUGGGACAGGAGGUUUGACCAGAUGUCUAUCCACACCUCCCAACAUCUCAUCUCAGCCCUCGCCAAUACCCACUACGGUCUCUCUACCCUCUCGUGGUCCAUGCAGCCUUACCCGUCUCUCGAUCCGCCAUACAUCGAGCUCGCUCGGGCUCUUACCGUCGAGGAGGCUUUGCACCUGGAGCAGCUUUGUGGUGAAGCAAUCAAGCAGGCAAAAAAGAUCUGGGUAGACUUUAGUAUACAAGGGCAGGAAGCUGGUGGUGAAUUGCAGGGAGAAGGGGCUGUUGCAACCAGGGAGUUCAGGGAACUGCCCAAAGACUAUUCUGGAGGUGUGAUACGCCAUAUCAACAUCCAAGAUACCGACAGGAAUGCCUGCUGCGGCACCCAAUCACCCAACCUCGCCCUUCUCUCUCUCUUUCACGUCAUCCCUCCCACACCCUCCACCUCCAAAAAGGACACACCCACCAAGCUCUUGUUCCUCUCCGGACCACGAGCCAUAACCGCACUACAAGAGUCAUCCCGGAUUCUGUCCGCUGCUGCGAGGACUGUAGGCGCUAGUCGGGCCGACGUCGUACAGAGGCUGGAGAGGUCGGAGUUGGCAAGGAAGGAAACGUCAGAUAGCCUCAAGGGUGUGAGGGGGGAGCUGGCAAAGCUUGUUGCAGAACAAGCGAUUCGCCAAGGCAAGGAAAGCCAGGCUAUCGCUGUGGUCAGCAGGGAAGAGAAGGGUACCCACGAUUUCGAAUGGUUGGGUCUCGUCGGGUCUACCUAUCUCGAAGCCUUCAAGAACGCCUCGCUGGAAGAUGCCUCUUCCCCGAAACCGCUUAUCGUCCUUGUAUCAGCCUUGAACCCUGCAGUCUCCUCCUCCGUUCCAUCUCAAUCUUUCCUCAUCGUCCAGUCUCUUGAUGACGCUCUUGCCAAGGCUGUGAACGAAAAGAUCAAGACCGCUCUGGAAGGCAGGGUGAAGGGCGGAGGUGCUAGGGGAAAAUACAUGAGCAAGGUCGAUGGGAAGUGGGGGAAAGCCGAGAACCAGAUGGUCGAAGAGAUCGCGGAUGAGUUUAAGAAGGAGGCAUCAUGGCAGAGUAUGCCCGACGGACACCCACUCUGA